AAAAUCGCCCCGCGUGGAACCCCCCCCCCGCGUUCCCGGAGCCCCCCGCGGGCGGGGGAAAUUCCCGGGUGGGAGCUGGAGCCUCCCGCGCACCCCCGCGGGCAGCUCCGUGAGCGCCGCGCCUCCCACGCCCGCUUUCCACGUUGACAAAAUUCCUGGCGAGGGGCCGGGCCGGGCCGGGAGGCAGGACGCGAAGCUCCAGGCUCGGAGCAGCCCAGCCCCUGCCCGCUCUGCCCGCGCCCGGAGCACCAUGGCCUGGGGCAGCCUCCUCCUCCUCCUCGGCCUGCUGGCGGCCCCCGGCCGGGGGGACCCGGGGCCCCUGGAAGACGUGGUGAUCGACAGAUACUUCAUCCCCAAGGUCUGCCUGCGGGAGGCCCAGAUGGGGGAUUUCAUCCGCUACCACUACAACGGGACCUUCAAGGACGGCCAAAAGUUCGACUCCAGCUACGACAGAGGCGCCACGGUGGCGGGCGUGGUGGGAGUCGGCCGGCUGAUCACCGGCAUGGACCGAGGUCUGCAGGGCAUGUGCGUCAACGAGCGGCGCCACCUGAUUGUCCCUCCCCACCUGGGCUACGGCAGCAUCGGCGUCGCUGGCAUGAUCCCCCCCGACGCCACCUUGUAUUUUGACGUCAUCAUGCUGGACAUCUGGAACAAAGAGGACAAGCUGCAGAUCACCACGUUGCACAAGCCGGAGCGCUGCAACCGCACUGUGGAGAACUCGGACUUCGUCCGGUACCACUACAACGGCACGCUGCUGGAUGGCACCCACUUCGACUCCAGCUACAGCAAGGACAGCACAUACGACACCUACGUGGGCACAGGCUGGCUGAUCAAAGGCAUGGACGAGGGCCUGCUGGGGAUGUGCGCUGGGGAGAAGAGGAGGAUCAUCAUCCCUCCCUUCCUGGCCUACGGGGAGAAGGGCUAUGGCACGGUGAUCCCGCCCCAGGCCUCCCUGGUGUUCGACGUGCUGCUGGUGGACCUGCACAACCCCAAAGACGGCAUCUCCCUGGAGCACCUGGAGGUGCCGGCGUCCUGCAAGCGCAAGGCCGUGACCGGCGACUUUGUCCGCUAUCACUACAAUGGGACCCUGAUGGACGGGAUGCUCUUUGACUCGAGUUACUCCCGCAAUCACACCUACGACACCUACAUCGGGAAGGGCUACGUCAUCCCCGGCAUGGACCAGGGCCUGCAGGGCGUCUGUGUCGGAGAAAAGCGAAGGAUCAUCGUCCCGCCGCACUUGGGCUACGGGGAGAACGGAGCCGGGAACAAGAUCCCCGGCUCAGCCGUGCUCAUCUUUGACAUCCACGUCAUCGACUUCCACAACCCCCUGGACUCGGUGGAGAUCGAGACCCUCUCUCGGCCCGAGGGCUGUAAUGUUACCACCCAGGAGCGCGACUUUGUCCGCUACCACUACAACUGCUCGCUGCUGGAUGGCACCAAGCUCUUCUCCUCCCACGACUACAACCACCCGCAGGAGGCGACACUGGGGACCAGCAAGGUGAUCGACGGCCUGAACACUGGCCUGCUGAACAUGUGCGUGGGGGAGAAACGGGUUAUCAUCAUCCCCCCGCACCUGGGGCACGGAGAGAACGGAGCCCGGGGCGUGCCAGGCAGUGCUGUGCUCCGGUUCGAGGUGGAGCUGCUCUCCAGGGAGGAAGGAGUCCCUGAAGGCUACCUGUUUAUCUGGCACGGGGACCCACCCGCAAACCUGUAUGAGGACAUGGACCUGAACAAGGAUGGCGAGAUCCCCCCCGAAGAGUUCUCAACUUUCAUCAAGGCCCAGCUCACCGAGGGGAAGGGGCGGCUCAUGCCCAGCUCGGACCCGGAGACCGUCAUCGCUGACAUGUUUCAGAACCAGGACCGGAACCAGGAUGGGAAAAUCACCGCGGAGGAGCUGAAGCUGAAAUCAGACGAAGAUCAGGAGAGAAUCCACGAGGAGCUCUGAGGAGCUCCUGCCUUCCAGAGACAACUUUUCCCCAUGUCCUUUCCUACCUUGGAGCGGGCUGCUCCCCCACCACUGCAGGGACCGUGGCCUAGAGAAGCCAGUUCAGAAAACUUUAGAGCCAGCCCCUUUGUAGAGCGAGGUUGUUCGGUUUUGUUUUUUUACUAUUUAACAGUGUUUUAUUGGAAGCGUUUCUAACAAGCCAGCCGGGGAAAAACUCCACAGAACAAACCCAGGCCCGAGGGUCCCAAGUUCUUGGCUUUAAAGGCAGAGCCUAGAACGGGGUGGGCAAACUACAGCCCGGGGGCUGCAUCCAGCCCUUCAGACGUCUUAAUCCGGCCCUUGUGCUCCCGCUCCGGUGCUCCAGCCCAGGAGUGGGGUUGGGGGUGUGUCCCGCUCCGCACGGCUCUCGGAAGCAGCAGCACGUCCCCUCUCCGGCUUCCAUGUGUAGGGGCAGCCAGGAGCCUCUGGCUCCAUGCCCUGCCCCUGCAGCUCCGACUGGCCGGGAACCGCAGCCUGCAGACGGGGCAGCGCACAGACCCACCUGUCCACAUCUCCGCAUAGGAGCCAGAGGGGGCCAUGCUGCUGCUUCCAGGAGCUGCUUGAGGUAAGCGCUGCUUAGAGCCUGCAC